UGCAACCUCUCCCUCCUGGGUUCAAGCAAUUCUUUUGCCUCAGCUUCCCGACAGGCACACACUACUAUGCCCGGCUAAUUUUUGUGUUUUUAUUAGAGACGAGGUUUCACCAUAUUGGCCAGGCUGGUCGUGAACUUCUGACCUCGUGAUCCACCCACCUCGGCCUCCCAAAGUGCUGGGAUUACAGGCAUGAGCCACUGUGCUUGGCUUGGCUUUUUUUGUUUGUUUCUUUUCUUUUUUUUUUUUUUUUUUUUACUUCUAGAAUCAGGCAACAUCUCAUUCUAUUAAAUAGAAUAGACUGAGCAGAGAUAGUUGGCUUUAUAGGCCAAAAAUGGCUGAAGAAAACAGAAACAAGAAACAGAAAGCAAAUUGGUUGUUUCAAAGUUACUUUCCUUAGUGAUGUUAAGCAUUUUUUCAUCUGUUUGUUGGCCAUUUCUAUAUCUUCUUUUGAAAAUUGUUCAUGUCCUUAGUCCACUUUUUGAUGGGAUUGCUUUUUUCUUGCUAAUUUGCUUGAGUUCCUUGUAGAUUCUGGAUAUUAGUCCUUUGUCGGAUGUAUAGCUUGUGAAGAUUUUCUCCCACUCUGUGGGUUGUCUGUUUACUCUGCUGUUUAUAUUCUUUUGCUGUGCAGAAGCUCUUUAGUUUAAUAAAGUCCCACCUAUUUAUCUUUGUUUUUGUUACAUUUGCUUUUGGGUUCUUGGUCAUGAAGUCUUUGCCUAAGCCAAUGUCUAGAAGGGUUUUUCUGAUGUUAUCUUAUAGUAUUUUUAUAGUUUCAAGUUUUAUAUUUAAGUCCUGGAUCCAUCUUCAGUUGAUUUUUGUAUAAGGUGAGAGAUGAGGAUCCAGUUUCACUCUGCUUUAUGUCGCUUGCCAGUUACCCAGCACCAUUUGUUGAAUAGGGUAUCCUCUCCCCGCUUUAUGUUUCCUUUGUUGAAGAUCAGUUGACUGUAAUAUUUGGGUUUAUUUCUGGCUUCUCUCUUCUGUUCCAUUGGUCCUGUGCCUAUUUAAACCAAAACCCAAUGCGAUACCACUAUACUCCUGCAACAGUGGCCAUAAUCAAAAAAUAAAAAAAAAAUAGAUGGUGGCAUAGAUGUGGUGAAAAGGAAACACUUCUGUACUGCUGUUGGGAAUGUAAACUAGUACAACCACUUUGGAAAACAGUGUGGAGAUUCCUUAAAGAACUAAAAAUGGAAUUACUAUUUGAUCCAACAAUCCCAAUCCUGGGUAUCUACCCAGAGGAAAAGAAGUUACUAUACAGAAAAGAUACUUGCACACACAUGUUUGCAGCAGUACAAUUUGCAGUUGCAAAAAUAUGGAACCAGCCCAAAUGCCCAUCAAUCAAUAAGUAGAUAAAUAAAUUGUGGCAUCUGAGUUACUUCAUUAUAUACUAUAUAUUCCAUAUAUAUACAUAUAUAGGGAAUACUACUCAGCCAUAAAAGGAACUAAUGGCAUUCACAGCACCUGGAUGGAACUGGAGACUAUUAUUCUAAGUGAAGUAACUCAGGAAUGGAAAACCAAACAUUGUAUGUUCUCACUCAUAAGGGGGAGCUAAGCUAUGAGGAUGCAAAGGCAUAAGAAUUAUAUAAUGGACUUUGGGGACUUGGGGGAAAGGGUGGGAAGGGGGUGAGGGAUAAAAGACUACAAAUUGGGUUCAGUGUAUACUGCUUGCAUGAUGGGAGCAUCAUAAUCUGACAGAUCACCACUAAAAAACUUACUCAUGUGACCAAAUACCACCUUUUCCCCGCAAAGCCUAUGGAAAUAAAUUUAUUUAAAAAGUUACUUUCCUCAUAUAAUUGAAACAGAGGGGACUUCCUUAUCUUGCUGGCUCCAGGUAAACUGGACCUCAUUGGUUGCUGUGGAUCUCCUGUUUUUGGGAAACUGGCCCAUCUCAAAGUUCAGUUCAUUUACUUGGCACUUAACAGGAGUGAUUCCAUUUUGGUUUGGUCUGGUCUGCUAAAGUUUAGUGUGGGAGGCUAGUCUAAAACAGUGGCUUGCCAUAAACUUUAACAAAUCAAAUACACUUGUUAAAGGACACUGAAAGAUACAAAGUUAAAAAUAUACUCUACCUUUGGCUCUUUUCUAGUUAUAUUAAAACAAACUACAGCUUAAUUCAACAAACUGUUUUCAAAUUCCCAUUAGGUGCCAUAUACCGAUAACAUAAAGAUUGAUAAACUAAAAUGAUCCUUGCUUUCAAAUAUUUGACAAUGUUAAGAGUAAACAGUCUUGCACACAUGAUGCAUAUGAAAUAAUACAAAUCAUAGCUAUAAACAGGAUUUUUAGGAACAUAAAUUAGAAGAACCACUUCUGUAAGGUGAUGUAACAUUAACUAGGAGAUUGCCAGGAGGGAGAACUGAUGGCAAAGGUCAUUUCAAGCAGAGAUGAAGCGAUUAUCCUUAACCCCUGCCUGCACCAAAAAGACCCAAAACAAUAAAAGAAAAACCAUAAACUAAAAAGAAGAAGGGGAAAAACUUUAAGGGCUAGUGAAUAGAAAAAAGAGAACUUCCUAUUAUGUUUUAAUAGGUUGAAAUUAUGUAAAGCCGGAAUGGAAUGGAAAAGAGCAUGAGUUAUAAGGUAAAGAGAAUAAGUUUCAGGUUCCAAUUGUUCCUGCUCUGUGUUUCCAGGUAUUCUUUAGGUGAUGCUAGAAGGCCUCUUCAUGAAACAGCAGUUUUGGUAGAAGAUGUGGUACACACUCAGUUAAUUAAUCUGUUACAGCAAGCUGCUGAAGUUUCUCAGCUGCGGGGAGCAAGGGUAAUCACUCCUGAAGAUCUUCUGUUUUUGAUGCGCAAAGAUAAGAAAAAACUUAGAAGAUUGCUAAAAUACAUGUUUAUCCGAGACUACAAAUCAAAGAUUGUCAAAGGCAUCGAUGAGGAUGAUCUUCUUGAAGACAAAUUGAGUGGCAGCAAUACUGCGAACAAAAGACAAAAGAUUGCUCAGGACUUCCUCAACUCUAUUGACCAGACAGGAGAACUUUUAGCAAUGUUUGAAGAUGACGAAAUUGAUGAAGUUAAACAAGAAAGAAUGGAGAGAGCAGAAAGACAAACUCGAAUUAUGGAUUCAGCUCAAUAUGCAGAAUUCUGUGAAAGUCGACAAUUAAGUUUCUCCAAAAAAGCUUCCAAAUUUCGAGACUGGUUGGACUGCAGCAGUAUGGAGAUAAAACCCAAUGUUGUCGCAAUGGAAAUCUUAGCAUAUUUAGCGUAUGAAACUGUGGCACAGUUAGUGGAUCUGGCUCUUCUUGUGAGGCAGGACAUGGUAACCAAGGCAGGGGACCCCUUCAGCCAUGCCAUUUCUGCAACCUUCAUUCAGUAUCACAACUCUGCUGAGAGCACUGCAGCCUGUGGUGUUGAGGCUCACAGCGAUGCCAUCCAGCCCUGCCACAUCAGAGAGGCCAUUCGACGCUACAGCCACAAGAUUGGCCCACUUUCCCCAUUCACAAAUGCCUACCGCAGGAAUGGGAUGACUUUUCUAGCCUGCUGAUGUGACAACUGUGAUGUGCUUGCAACAACAGGAAAGGCAAUGUUAUAUUAAGGUGAUUUCCUGUGAACAAAAUAAAAUACAGAUUUACCUUUCUUUUAUCUGAGGGAGUGGGCUGGUUUGUUGUGACUUUCAACUUGCUGACUCCUCCUCUUUUCCAGCCCCCUCAACCAUCAGUCUUGUUUACUAGAUGGGCUGUUCAGCUAAUUAAUGGCAGGAUGUUUAGGAUAGUCUGUAGGUGGACAAGAAUGCAGAUCACACAAUUUUGAACUUUUAAUUUGAGUAGAUUUACUGCCCUCAGCUCACAUAUCUUAAAAGCAGUGGUUGCCCCCAUCCAGUGUUUUGUCUGCGUUUUAUUUGAUACAUUUUAUAAUCCAGGUUUGGAACAAGGAAACAAAAUUAAAAGGACAGUGAGUUUUCGCCUUCCCUUACAUCACCAACUUUACUUUCCAACAUUUGUUGACUACAUGUAUUUUAGUGACAGCUAUCCAUUUUAUAAACUUACAGUAAUCAAAGAUCUAACAGACCUGAUAAAUCACCUGUUCCCACCUCCUUUCCCCUUCACUCCACUUAGAGUAUGUGUCAUUUUCAAUGCCUGCUUCCCAACUUCCUGCCAUCUGCCUUUCAUGUGUGUUUUUCCUCACACAGAACCUCUUCCUGCAUCUUCAUUUCCCUCCUUUUCCUGUUCCUCCAAUCCCCAGAUCCCCCACUCCUGCACAUGCCAUACACAUUUAGAAGCCAUGUAUUCAGAAUCAGUAGAAGGGGAGCAGAGUGAUUUCUUGCUUCCUCCCUUCAAAGCACUACCACACCUAGACUGGAAAUGUGGGCAGGGUAAUUUCUUACUGUUAGCAGCCGAGCUACCCUUCUGGCAUCUAUACUUUCUCCAGUAAAUGAGGAACCGUAACUCUUUGGAACAAACCAAAAUAUAACAGAUGUAAUUGUACAGUUCCUGAUUAAACUUCAGUUGCAAAAAAGAAAGUUAUUUCUUUAAUUCUGUGGGAGUUUUGUAUAGUUUUACUUUUAUGGUUUUUACACACACUUGAAACACUGUUUCUAAAGAAUUAAUAAAAACAGAAAUGAAAAAUAUGAAAGAUCUUUUUCUUGUGGCCAAAGAAUUAUGAGUCUCAGUUAAUAUGAUUAUGCCUUAUUAUUUAUAUUUGUUAACUGUCAUUUACCUGCUCUAUGUUAAUUUUUAGAAAAAAUUUGCAUUUCAGAAACAAAAAGCACAGAUAUAUAAUAUCAAAAUAUUCCCAGAGGAUUUUGAUGUUCCAUCUAUGCUUGUUAAAAUGUAUGAUUAAACUUUUCUUUUUAUCAUUCUUAUUUUCCUUGGCAUCCGUAAUCAUGGAAAAUUAUAAGCUUGCAGUAAACAUCCUAACUUAACUUUUAAACGAUAGCAUUUAUUGUAUUUGGUUUUGAUCUGCCAGGCUUAUAGAUGGUAUAAAAUUUUCAGGGGAUAAUUUUUCACAUCAAAAUUCCUUCUCUCCCACAUUAUACAUUUUAAAGUAUGCACAAGGCAGAAAAUAUAGGGUUUGGGUUUUUUUCCUUCAUUUUAUUCUACCUGAUCUCCUUAUAGUCCCAGAGAAGGAAGACUCAACGUACAUUUCUCUCAGAAAUAUGACAGGUCUGUGUUUUUGUUGGUCUGGCGUAUGUUUGUCUAUCUUGAACAGUCUGACAGGUAAUUAUUUAUAAAAUCUGGUUUUGCCCAGUAAGUUCAUAUAAUAACCUUUCAUUUUUCAUCAAAUGCCAGUAAGCUGAAUUUAGAAUAAAGCAAGGUCAUUUAUGUCUGUCCUGAACCAGCCUACAUGUCCCCAUAAUUGCUCAAUAUUUUUAAUUCCCUUUUCUAUUUUUUAUACUUGGAUUCUUUCUCUGACUUUGCACAAUACUAAAUUUGAAGUGAAAUAAAAUUUCCUUCAGCAGUGACUAUAGAAAUAAAAGAAAAUUUACAGAAGGAAUGUUUAAGAAAACUUCAGUAAAUUAUUUUCUCAAUAACCAUAAUGUUAGAGCAGAAGAUAGUCUUAGAGAUCAUUGAGAACAGCUGCUUAUCUUACAAAUGAAAAAACCAUGGCCUAGAGAGGGAAAGUGACUUUCCUAAGAUCACUCAAUAAUGUAGUGACAGACCAGAGAUGAGAAUUGAUGGUCCCUAAUUUUCAGUCGGUAUUAUACAGUAUUUUCUACCAUACUGGGUUAGCAUAAGAAUAUUACUAAGACAUGUUGGGGUUUUAUGGCAUAUUUAUCCUAGACAACAAUGUAAAUUAUUUAAAAACUGUACUAAUUAUGGAUACAUCCUAAAGCAUACGUGUUAUAUAGUAAACUCUUCAGUGUGACUGUGGUAUUAAGUAAACAGUCUGUUAUCUUACACAUCAGGCUUAACUCUAAGUCAAAUGGAAAUAUACAAAGCUAGUUUCUAUUUUUUGUCCCUUGUAUUUUAGAGACUGAAUUUGAAAAUAAAUAAGCCAAUAAAUAAAUAGCCUCUCUUGAUACUGCUUCCUAGAUUUAAGGGUAAAGAAAGUAGAAAUAUUUCUCCCUUCACCUAAAUUUGGAAGUAUAACUUUCUGAACAUGCCAUUUAGAGGUUAUGUCAUUAGCUUUCCUGCCUUCUUAUAUUGUAAUAGUUGUGAUUCAAAAAUACUGUUUCAAUUUUAAAACCAUGACUUUUUAUUUGAAAACCAUCAGAAGCACAAAUAUUUUUUAAAUGAUGUAUAUAAUUCCUGUAUCUGGGGAGAACCCUUCAUUUAUUGCUGUUUUUUGUUUUUAUAAAAUAAUAAACAAGCCAUGUCUAAUGCUUUUACCAUGUAGAAGACAAAUAAACAUAACUGGUGAUUCUUGGUCUGAAAGAAUA